GCUGAUCAACUGUCUCAAAAACUCUGGUAUAUAUCAGCGUUACCCAGUAACUGGUGCCUCUCUUUGCAUAUCAAAGCUUCAGAAACGUCCCUAUGGGUUCGGCCUCUUCAAAAACAGCACGUAAACUGCCCAAACAGCCAUCUUGGGCUGGUGCUCGAACACCCGGACCUGGACCGGCUGCAGUUCAAGCCCAAGCCGCUGCAAAUGAUGCUGUCACAUCGCAGGGUCCGAAGACUAUGAGGAGCCAAAAGGAGAGUCCGUAUGCGAGCGGGAGCAAGGACGAAGCUAUAAUGAGGGACGCACAGGAUCCUCAGCUGCAUGCAAAUUUGACGAGGCUCGGGCCUGUCAAAGUGGACCAUCAUAUGCAGAGUAUCAAACUGCGGGGCGAGGAAGUCAACCGAUCACAUUCCUCCCGCCUCCAAUCCGAAGCCGAGGCCAACUCCUCACAAGCACCACAUAAUCGUAUGCUCGCCAUGACACUUUCUGAUCUCCUCGACGAGCGAAAACAUGUCGCGACACGAAAAGAGUUGACGAGCCUGGCGGAGAGGUAUGGAAUUGACGUGGAGAAGCUCGAGAGCGUGGCGAGAUUUGUGAAUACACCAACGGUCGAGGACGGUAGCGUGAGGACUGUGACAGAUAGCGAUGGAAAUGAGAAGGUCACUAUGCUGGCUUCGUGGAAAGAUCCUGUCAUUGUGAAUGAUCCCUCGGCACGUAUCGCAUAGCGUGAAUCUCAGGCUCAGGCCCUCGUUUUCAAAAAGACGUACAGUUUCGUUUCUCGUUUCUUGCUCGUCUACCAUUACAUUAUUUGGGUUUUGCGUCGACCCCUAUUUAAAUAAGUAACACCACUCCGUCCGUGGCUAGUUCUAAUAUUGGAAUAAAAAGAGAAUGGC